ACAUUCCCAAAGUUUUCAACUUUUUUUUAAUGGCUUCAUCUGCAUUUGCUUUUCCUUCUUACAUAAUAACCAAAGGAGGAGUUUCAACAGAUUCUUGUAAAUCAACUUCUUUGUCUUCUUCUCGAUCUUUGGUUCCAGAUCUCCCAUCACCAUGUCUCAGACCCAACAACAAUUCCCAUACAAGCAGAAGAGCAAAAGUGAAUGCUUCACUUGCAGAGAAGGGUGAAUAUUAUGCAAACAGACCACCAACUCCAUUACUUGACACUAUUAACUACCCAAUUCACAUGAAAAAUCUUUCUGUCAAGGAACUGAAGCAACUUUCUGAUGAGCUGAGAUCAGAUGUGAUCUUUAAUGUGUCGAAAACCGGUGGACAUUUGGGGUCGAGUCUUGGUGUUGUGGAGCUUACUGUGGCUCUUCAUUACAUUUUCAAUACUCCACAGGAUAAGAUUCUUUGGGAUGUUGGUCAUCAGUCUUAUCCUCAUAAGAUUCUUACUGGGAGAAGAGGAAAGAUGCCUACAAUGAGGCAAACCAAUGGUCUAUCCGGUUUCACGAAGCGAGGAGAGAGCGAACAUGAUUGCUUUGGUACUGGACACAGCUCAACCACAAUAUCUGCUGGUUUAGGAAUGGCUGUUGGACGGGAUUUGAAGGGGAAGAACAACAAUGUGGUUGCUGUGAUUGGUGAUGGUGCAAUGACGGCAGGGCAGGCUUAUGAAGCCAUGAACAACGCAGGCUAUCUUGACUCUGAUAUGAUUGUGAUUCUUAAUGACAACAAGCAAGUCUCAUUACCUACAGCUACUUUGGAUGGACCAAGUCCACCUGUUGGAGCAUUGAGCAGUGCUCUUAGUCGGUUACAGUCUAACCCGGCUCUCAGGGAGUUGAGAGAAGUCGCAAAGGGUAUGACGAAGCAAAUAGGCGGGCCAAUGCACCAAUUGGCUGCUAAGGUAGAUGAGUAUGCUCGAGGAAUGAUAAGCGGGACUGGAUCGUCACUUUUUGAAGAACUCGGUCUUUACUAUAUUGGUCCAGUUGAUGGGCACAACAUAGAUGAUUUGGUAGCCAUUCUUAAAGAAGUUAAGAGUACCAGAACCACAGGACCAGUACUUAUUCAUGUGGUGACGGAGAAAGGUCGCGGUUACCCUUACGCGGAGAGAGCUGAUGACAAAUACCAUGGUGUUGUGAAAUUCGAUCCAGCGACGGGUAAACAGUUCAAAAGUACUAAUAAGACUCAAGCUUACACUACUUACUUUGCGGAGGCAUUAGUGGCAGAAGCAGAGGUAGACAAAGAUGUGGUUGCGAUUCAUGCAGCCAUGGGAGGUGGGACCGGGUUAAAUCUCUUUCAACGUCGCUUCCCAACAAGAUGUUUCGAUGUCGGAAUAGCGGAACAACACGCAGUUGUACAUGAUGUCGAUUUGCAAAAAUUACCGGUGAGAUUUGCGAUGGAUAGAGCUGGACUUGUUGGAGCUGAUGGUCCGACACAUUGUGGAGCUUUUGAUGUGACAUUUAUGGCUUGUCUUCCUAACAUGAUUGUGAUGGCUCCAUCAGAUGAAGCAGAUCUCUUUAACAUGGUUGCAACUGCUGCUGCGAUUGAUGAUCGUCCUUCUUGUUUCCGUUACCCUAGAGGUAAUGGUAUUGGAGUUGCAUUACCUCCUGGAAACAAAGGUGUUCCAAUUGAGAUUGGGAAAGGUAGGAUUUUAAAGGAAGGAGAGAGGGUUGCGCUGUUGGGUUAUGGGUCAGCAGUUCAGAGCUGUUUAGGAGCGGCUGUAAUGCUCGAAGAACGCGGAUUAAACGUAACUGUAGCAGAUGCACGAUUUUGCAAGCCAUUGGACCGUGCUCUCAUUCGCAGCUUAGCUAAGUCGCAUGAGGUUCUCAUCACGGUUGAAGAAGGUUCGAUUGGAGGGUUUGGAUCGCACGUUGUUCAGUUUCUUGCUCUCGAUGGUCUUCUCGAUGGCAAACUCAAGUGGAGACCAAUGGUACUGCCUGAUCGGUACAUUGAUCAUGGUGCACCAGCUGAUCAACUAGCUGAAGCUGGACUCAUGCCAUCUCACAUUGCAGCAACCGCACUUAACUUAAUCGGUGCACCAAGGGAAGCUCUGUUUUGAGAGCAAGAAUCGGUUGGCUAAAACAUAUAUAUACAAACACUCUAAAUGCAACCCAAGGUUUCUUCUAAGUACUGAUCAAAAUUCCCGCCGAAAAGUCCUUUGGCAACAGCUAUAUAUUUACUAAGAUCGUGAAGAGAAAGACAAAGGUAAAGGUUGUGCAAAGAUUAGUAUUAUGAUAAAACUGGUAUUUGUUUUGUAAUUUUUGGUUAGGGGUGUGAUGGAGAUCGAGUUGUACAAUAAUCAUCUAACAUCUUG